AUGGGGUUUCGCAGUUCCGACUACCCGGACCAUGUUGGUCUUCUAAAGAAAUCGUUAUACGGUCUCAAGCAAGCGCCUCGUGCAUGGUACCAGCGUUUCACGGAUUUUGUGGUCUUACAGGGUUUUAAGCAGAGUAAGUCAGAUAACUCUUUGUUUGUUUAUCGUCAUGGGCGUGACACUGCCUAUCUGCUCAUUUACGUCGACGAUAUUAUUCUCACCACUUCUUCGGAUGUUCUUCGCAAUCGGAUUAUGGCAUGUCUGGCAGGCGAGUUUGCUAUGAAGGAUUUGGGGUCGUUGUCUUAUUUUUUGGGUAUUCAGGUAACAUGGCCCGAAAAUCAUAUGUUUCUUUCUCAGACAGCUUAUGCUAAGGAUAUCAUUCAUCGAGCCGGUAUGGAUUCAUGUAAGCCCAUUGCCACGCCAGUGGAUACGCAGUCCAAGCUCAGUGCCCAUUCUGGUACUCUUCAUGAUGAUCCUACCACAUAUCGUAGCCUUGCGGGUGCGCUUCAGUAUCUCACUUUCACCCGUCCAGACAUCUCUUAUGCUGUUCAGCAAAUUUGCAUGCAUAUGAACUCUCCAACAACUGCUCACUGGAAUGCUUUAAAACGGAUUCUUCGAUAUAUACAUGGCACCAUUGACUUGGGGCUUCACUUAGAUGCGACGGAUACGUCUUCCUUGCGGGCUUACACUGACGCUGACUGGGCAGGUUGCCCUGACACUCGACGCUCGACCUCCGGCUAUUGUGUUUAUUUUGGGGACAAUCUGAUUUCUUGGUCCUCGAAGCGGCAGUCGACAAUCUCACGUUCUAGUGCUGAAGCUGAAUAUCGCGGAGUGGCGAAUGUUGUUGCUGAAGUCUGCUGGCUUAGGAACCUUCUUCUCGAGUUAUGUCAUCCUAUUUCUCGUGCUACUUUGGUUUAUUAUGACAAUGUCAGUGCAGUCUACUUGUCUGGUAAUCCGGUUCAGCAUCAACGUACGAAGCAUAUUGAACUAGAUAUUCAUUUUGUUCGUGAGCAAGUUCACAAAGGUCACAUUAGCGUUUUGCAUGUCUCGUCUCGCCAUCAGAUUGCUGACAUCUUCACUAAAGGACUGCCGCAUGUCUUGUUUGAUGAUUUCAGAUCCAGUCUCAGCAUUCGGCCACCCUUCGCUUCGACUGCGGGGGUGUAA